CGACCUCGACGCCCGACUAAUUCGCCUGUUUCAGCCUCGACGCCAACAGCCCUCGACGACUACUAACCACCACAGCCCGUUUGAUUUGUUUGGACUCACUCAGCCCCCAUUUGUCGCCGCCAUGGCGGCCAACGACGACCUCAUCGACUUCGAUAUCAUCGAGAACCAGAAGGAAAACAUCCAAUCGCUACCGGGUGGCCGAUCUGCCAGAGAGCUGGCUCGCAUCUUCUCGCCGCGCGAGACCGACAACAAACUGGCAGCGCCGUCACCAAAUGACACGCGGACAUUGAACGACGCCAUCCGACAGGAAUACGAAGCAGAGCUGGAAACGAUCGGGGAGUCGGACGACCCGCUGGACAUCUACGAUCGCUACGUGAAAUGGGCACUGAACGCCUAUCCGACCGCCCAAGCAACCCCCGAAUCCGGCCUGCUGCCGUUACUGGAGCGCGCCGUUAAAUCUUUCCUGUCUUCGAAUCACUACAAGAAUGACCCUCGCUACUUGCGCCUAUGGCUCCACUACAUUCGACUUUUCUCGGACUCGCCGCGCGAAACCUUUGCUUUCUUGGCGCGUCACCACAUCGGAGAAGGCCUGGCGCUGUUCUAUGAGGAAUUUGCGGCUUGGCUGGAGGGCGCGGGCAGAUGGACCCAGGCCGACGAAGUGUACAGGCUGGGUGUCGACCGAGAGGCGCGACCCGUCGAACGCCUGGUCCGGAAAUAUGGCGAGUUCCAACAACGCCACGAGCAGAAAUCUCACGACGACGGCCCUUCCUCCCCUGCACUGCCGGCGGUGCGCCCGGCUUUGGCUGCCAAGGUGGAUCCGUUCUCUGUGGCCGCGCCAGCGGCGAGCGAUCCGCAAGCACAGCAACCAUCCCCCGCCGCCGCGGGCCCCACGAAGUCGAAGUCCGGCAAACAGAAGAUGGCGAUCUUUUCCGAUACAGACUCGUCGGCAAGUCAGCCCGCAGUGUCCGCGCCGACCAAGGGGUGGGAGAGUAUUGGGUCAUUGGGUGAUCGACGGAAGGAGAAUAAGGUAGAGGCGAAGCCGUGGGCUGGAGAGACCCUCAAGGCUGGAAAGAAGGCAGCGCCAGCGCAGAAGAUGGCGAUUUUCAGGGAUGAGUCAAACUCGAGUUUACAAAACAAAGAACCCGUGCAACCGAAGCAUAUUCCAGAGCACCGUGUAAGGGAGGCUAUAAACCCACGUACAGGAAGACGGGAGCGUGUCUUUGUCAAUCUGGAUGCCGUUUACCCCGACUACUCGAACGCCAGUGUCGAGGUCAGCUUUGAAGAGCUGAGAGCCAUGAAACGGGGUUGGUUGGAUAAGGACUGGCGCUCGCACAAAGAACCCCUGAAGCAGAUAUCCGGCAACGAGAACAUGAUUGAUCAAGAGAGGGAGCUGCCUGAAGAGUUUAACCGUAAAUUGACUGUCAAGGAUCCAGAGUCUUCUCAGCCACAGGCUGCCGACGAUGGCAAGUCUAGCAAGUCGCGGAAAUUGAAACUUCGCGAGGUUCGAGGAGAAACACAAACCGUCAAAAUGAAGUUUGACUCACCUACUGGGGGUAAAAUCCGACGAAAGAGCACACAUGAACCAACCAUGACUAUGCACACUCGUGCCGCCACAGAUGAGAUCUACAGCAUUUUCAAUCAGCCGCUCAAGGCAGAGACCGAAGUAGCCGAAAGCAGCGAUUUCGAGGACGACGACUAUACGAGUGCCGGUGAAAGCACAGUGACUGGAAGAAUCUCUGCUGCUUCGAGCGAUUUUGGCGACGACACGUUCCAUAGAUCUUUCGACGGCGACGGCGAUGGCUUCGAUGACAAUACAAGAGCUGAGAGCGUAGUGGAUGGUGAAUGGACCCAGUUCUCUCCUACGAAGGAUAUUCACGACUUGGACCCUGUCGAUUCGAAGACUGCCACUUCGAUCAAUUCACCAGCGGCAUAUGAGGAACAAGGAGAGGGUGAAGUAUACUCUGAUGACGAGACCAGCGAUGGGCGAUUUGUUCCCCAAAUGCCUGACGACUACAACCCUCCCUACGGACCGUAUCGAGAUCCUGCGAUCAUGGCCCAGAAUCGCCUGCCCUUCAUGACGCCCAUUGUGGAGCAGACCGAGCAUUCGUUUGCCUCGAUGACAGCGGCCAGAGCACACCUUUACAAUGCGAAGACCCCGUCGAAGCCCACGCACCCCGUCGACAAGACACCUCACAUGCCCCAGAUCGAUCUCCUGGCUACUCCCCUCGUCGCCGAGACACCCUACCUCGAGAAUCUGCCUGAAGACGCGACCUUGAGUCCAACGGCUCUCAAAAAGACGCAAUCCGGACUCAAGCUUUCCUUUCGAUUGAGCGACAAAAGCCAGCAGUCUCCGAUCAUCCCAGAUGUCAAGUGCAACCCCACCAACAAGAACAUUCGUGACAUUAUUCUCAACCAUUCUUUGAACCCCGUUUCUGCUUCCUUUGCCGGGUUCCAUCACUUCCCUGAUAUGGAGACACACUAUGCUUCUGAUAUUCAAAAGUUCAUGAAGACCCAUGUAAAGCGCCCUAGGAGCGGCGAUGAAGCAUCAUUCGAUGUGCCAAUUCUCGACCUUCCCGAGGCAGACAGAAGCUACCUCAUCAGGCGAGAACUUGGUGCCGGCGCCUAUGCCCCGGUCUACUUUGCUGAAAGCAUCGACAACCUGUCUUCUGAUUCGGAGAGCGAACAAAUGGACGAGGAUACCGGGGAUUCGCAUCUCACAAACGGUGGCAAAUCGACCAAGCGAAAUGCGUCUCGCUAUGGCUUCGAGGCCAUCAAAUUGGAAGUCGGGCCCCCAAACCCUUGGGAGUUCUACAUGAUUCGGUGUGCACACGAUCGCUUGAACCAGAAACCCGAGCUGUCGCGAGCUGCUGAAAGUAUCAUCCGUGCCCAUGAGCUUCAUGUCUUCAAGGGCGAGAGUAUACUGGUUGAAGAUUACCGCUGUCAAGGAACCUUGCUGGAUCUUGUCAACCUCGUUCGCAACGAGCCACUCACAGCCAACACCACCGCCGAUGGCGGUCUCGACGAGGCGCUUGCCAUGUUCUUCACGGUGGAACUGUUCCGAACCGUCGAGUCCCUUCACGCCUGUGGCAUUCUGCAUGGAGAUAUCAAGGCCGACAAUUGUCUGGUCCGACUCGAGGAUAAACCGACCGCGCCAUCUGCCUCCCUUAUUGAUUUUGGCGACGGCGAAGACUACUCUGAUCCCCGCGAAGCGCACUACUCUCCUCGCGGCUUGUACGGCUGGCGGAACAAGGGCCUUUCUCUUAUCGACUUCGGCCGUGGAAUCGACAUGCGCGCCUUCCAGUCCUCCGUCCAGUUCAUCGCAGAAUGGGAGACCGGCAAGCAUGAAUGCAACGAGAUCCGCGAGGGGCGGCCCUGGACUCACCAAAUCGAUCUGUACGGCGUCGCCGGUACCGUUCACGUCAUGCUCUUCGGAAAAUACCUCGAGUCGACUCUCGGUCGGAAGAGCGAUGGUGCUGCCCCUGCGGCCGGCGCCAAAACCUACCGCAUCCGCGAGUCCCUGAAACGAUACUGGGAGCGAGAGAUCUGGAACGACGUCUUCGACCUCCUUCUGAACCCUGGCUCCGAGCGCUGGACUCAGAUGGAAACCAACAGCGAUCCCAUCAAUGCUCCAAUCUCGGACGAGAACGCCCUUCCCCAGCCUUCGCCCAUCCUUCCCGUUCUCAACUCUAUGCGCUAUCUUCGCGAGCGAAUGGAGGCGUGGCUCUUUGCCAACGCCGAGAAGAAGAGUCUCGGUCUACAGAUCCGGAAGUUAGAGGCUAUCUUCUCCGAGCGGAAGAAGAGGAUGGAGAAGUCUUGAUUUUCUUCUCAUUUUCUUUUCAUUCUUCUUUCUCUUCUCUGACUUUCUACAUACAUACAUUACAUACCCAUUCUCAUCCCCCUUUUGUCUUUCACGACGCAUCACGAUACACAUCUCACUACCUAUGUAAUACCCCCCUCGUCGUUCUUCCUUUCUUGGUUUGGUUGGUUGGGCCCUCUGCAGCGUUGGCGUUUCUUGGGCGAUGAAAUCUGCGUGCGAUAUUGAUUGCCGCUGGUAUAUUUUCUUGAUGUAUCUCUCUUCUGUAUCUUCUCG